AUGGCUUUGGUUGCGGUAGAAGAACCGCAGACGCCGCCUCGCAGAGUGGCGGUCAGGCCCAGAAGGGAUGUUGAUUUAUCAGGCCUUUGGGAGGCCUGGGAAGAAAACCGUGGGAUCCGCAAGCUUUCCAGGAAGAAGGGAAGUUUGUUGGAGUGGGAGAAUCCUUCCAAGGUCGGAAAAAUCAAUAAGAGGUCUCUCAUGCUGAACCACAAAGUUCUCCUGGCUUUGAUAGAAGUGUACUGUCCUAACAACGAGUCGCAGAAGACCGUGCCUGUCCAGAACCUGAAGGAGCAAGUUACACGAUACUUUGAGGAGAUCGAGGUCACCCCUAAGCCCGGCAUGAUCCAUUGCACCAGUCACAGCUUGAAGAUGUUCAUGAGUUACAUCAAUCGGCGACACGACGGGUCCAAGAGGAAGGAUCAUCGCCUCAAGGCCAUCUUCGCUGCAGUCGCCAAGUAUUGGCCGCCCAAGGUUCGCAGCCGCCGGUCCUUGGCUGUUGCAGAUGAGGAGCAGGAAGGUGAGGAAGAGGAGGAAGGAGAGGAACAGGAGGAAGGUGAGGAACAGCAGGAAGGCGAGGAGCAGGAAGAGGAGGAAGACACUUUGACAGAGCCAGAGGACGAGGAUGGACAGCCUUGCGAGGUUGAUGACUACCUCGCUCAGAGCAUGGGCCUGGUUUCUGGAUCCCCCCAGCCACCUUCGGCAUACGUGGGGACAGUAGCCUACGAGCUAGAUGCUGAUACGGCACGGGUUGUGCCUUACGAGGCAGGAGUUCCGGCUGAAGGCAUCGAUCUCGUUAGAGAGCUGGCCGAACUGGAGCAGCGGAUUGCUCAUCGACGAGCAGCUCUGUUUGGGCAGCGAACCAUCGAAGCUUGGAACAGUGUGAAGCACAUGGACACCCAGCAGACCAUCGUUGCAGACGGAGACGUCCUGAAUGAGGAGUUGUUUCAGGAGCUUGAAGCAUUCGAAGCGGGUGAAGCUUGCUUUAUUCGACGAGGUGCUUGCAGUAACCUAGCUCUUGUGGAGCAGGAAAGCUCAUGCUCGAAAGAAGGGGCCUCUCGCUCAGUACCCGUGGCCACGCCGGCAAGAGCUGCAGCUUCCGAGAUCCCACAAGUUGCCCCGACAGAGGAAGCUUCCGAGCUCCCACAAGUUGCCCCGAUAGACGAAGCUUCCCAGGUCCCACAAGUUGCCCCGCCAAACAAAGCUUCCGACAUCACCGUUCCCCGGACAGACGAAGCUUCCCAGGUCCCACAAGUUGCCACGCCAGACAAAGCUUCCGAAAUCACCGUUGCCAGGACAGACGAAGCUUCCCAGGUCCCACAAGUUGCCCCGGCAGACAAAGCAUCCGAGGUCCCACAAGUUGCCCCGAUAGACGAAGCUUCCGAAAUCCCCGAUGCCCAGAAGAACCAAGCUUCCGAGGCCCCACCCCAGAGCCCAACACCUGAGUCAUGCCCAGAGUCGGUCUCGCUGGAAGUCGCCAGUGACAGCGGCAAAUCAUCUCCUGAUCUGUUGUCUUUGAAGGUGCAGACGAGACGGCGGGCUCAGAUGGCAGAGAGGGAGAACCAGAUGCCGAAUCCCGAUGAGGAUGAGGAGGAGGACGACGAAGUUGUGAAGAAGAAGCCUGCACGCAAGGGCACGAUGAAGAGGCCUGCAGCUGCAGGCAAACGAGGUUGGCCGAAGGGCAAGGCGAAAUCCAAACCGACCAAGGUUCCGCCUCAGGAGGACGAGGAGCCGUGUGGUGAUGAGCCAGACAAGAGCGAACCGAAGUCGAAAGCCAAAGCGAAAGCUCGGGCGAAGCCGUCUGGUGAUGAGCCGGGCGAGAGCGAACCGAAGCCGAAAGCCAAAGCGAAAGCUCGGGCUAAGCAGUGUGAUGAUGAGCCGGGCAACAGCGAACCGAAGCCGAAAGCCAAGGCGAAAGCUCGGGCUAAGCCGUCUGAGGAUGGGCCGGGCGAGAGCGAACCGAAGCCGAAAGCCAAAGCCAAAGCUCGGGGGAAGCCGUCUGGUGAUGAGGCAGACAAGAUCGAACCGAAGCCGAAAGCCAAAGCGAAAGCUCGGGCUAAGCAGUGUGAUGAUGAGAAGCCAAGCAAGAAGUGCAAGGGAGCCGCAGCCGCAGAGGAACCCAUGGCUGGGGGUCGCAAGCGGAAGGCAGAGGGAGACCAGCCGGUUGCCAGAAGUUUUGCACGCCGGAACCCGCCACAGGGCGACUCGUUGAUCCUGUGGACAGCCAUCCGCGAUUCCUUCUAUGAGGUUGUGCGACCUUUUGUGAAAGCUCCGACUAAGUACGAGGAUCUCUACUGGAAGCAGUGCAAGCCGAAGCUGCUCGAGCUGGAGAACACCGACGACUACGUGCAGGUUGCCAAGGAAACGGCUGCCGACUUUCUGAAGAAUCUGGAGUAA